CAGCAUGCAAAGUCUAUGAAGCACAGGACAAUAAAACUUCCUACUCAUACCACCAGGAAGACCUCUUUUAAAGAUUCACCACAGGACUACAAGGAAAAAUAAUUUGCCUGAAACAUCAUGUAUUAAAACAACAGAAGGCUGCCACCUUUGCACUAGUUAGAAACAAAGUUAAGAUGUCUUCAAUUCUUUGAGCUCCAGGAAGACAGGGGAGUGAGUGAAAAUUUGAAAAUGCGGCCAUGGACUGGUUCCUGGCGUUGGAUUAUGCUCAUUCUCUUUGCAUGGGGGACCUUGCUGUUUUAUAUAGGUGGUCACUUGGUACGAGAUAAUGACCACCCUGAUCACUCUAGCCGCGAACUAUCCAAGAUUCUGGCAAAGCUUGAACGCUUAAAACAGCAGAAUGAAGACUUGAGAAGAAUGGCUGAAUCUCUUCGGAUACCAGAAGGCCCCAUUGACCAGGGGACAGCUUCAGGAAGGGUACGUGCUUUAGAAGCUCAGCUUGUAAAGGCCAAAGAACAGAUUGAAAAUUACAAGAAACAAACCAGAAAUGGUCUGGGGAAGGAUCAUGAAAUCCUGAGGAGAAGAAUUGAAAAUGGAGCUAAAGAGCUCUGGUUUUUUCUACAGAGUGAAUUGAAGAAAUUAAAGAAUUUAGAUGGAAAUGAACUCCAAAGACACACAGAUGAAUUUCUUUCAGAUUUGGGACAUCAUGAAAGGUCUAUAAUGACGGAUCUGUACUACCUCAGUCAAACAGAUGGAGCAGGUGAUUGGCGGGAAAAAGAGGCCAAAGAUCUGACAGAGCUAGUCCAGAGGAGGAUAACAUAUCUUCAGAAUCCCAAGGACUGUAGCCAAGCCAAGAAGCUAGUGUGCAAUAUCAACAAAGGCUGUGGCUAUGGCUGUCAACUCCAUCAUGUGGUCUACUGCUUCAUGAUUGCAUAUGGCACCCAGCGAACGCUCAUCUUGGAAUCUCAGAAUUGGCGCUAUGCUACCGGUGGAUGGGAGACUGUGUUUAGACCUGUAAGUGAGACAUGCACAGAUAGAUCUGGCACAUCCACUGGACACUGGUCAGGUGAAGUGAAGGACAAAAAUGUUCAAGUUGUCGAGCUCCCAAUUGUAGACAGUCUUCAUCCCCGUCCUCCAUAUUUACCCCUGGCUGUACCAGAAGACCUUGCAGAUCGACUUGUUCGAGUCCAUGGUGACCCUGCAGUGUGGUGGGUGUCCCAGUUUGUCAAAUAUUUGAUCCGCCCACAGCCUUGGCUGGAAAAAGAAAUAGAAGAGGCCACCAAGAAGCUUGGCUUCAAACAUCCUGUUAUUGGAGUCCAUGUCAGACGUACAGACAAAGUAGGAACAGAAGCGGCCUUCCAUCCCAUCGAGGAGUACAUGGUGCAUGUUGAAGAACAUUUUCAACUUCUUGCACACAGGAUGCAAGUAGACAAAAAAAGAGUAUAUUUGGCCACAGAUGAUCCCUCUUUGUUAAAGGAGGCAAAAACAAAGUACCCCAAUUAUGAAUUUAUUAGUGAUAACUCUAUUUCUUGGUCUGCGGGGCUGCACAAUCGAUACACAGAAAAUUCACUUCGGGGUGUGAUCCUGGAUAUACACUUUCUUUCCCAGGCAGACUUCCUAGUGUGUACUUUUUCAUCCCAGGUCUGUCGAGUUGCUUAUGAAAUCAUGCAGACACUGCAUCCUGAUGCCUCUGCAAACUUCCAUUCUUUGGAUGACAUCUACUAUUUUGGGGGCCAGAAUGCCCACAACCAGAUUGCUAUUUAUCCUCACCAACCUCGAACUGCAGAUGAAAUCCCCAUGGAGCCUGGAGAUAUUAUUGGUGUGGCUGGAAAUCACUGGGAUGGCUAUUCUAAAGGUGUUAACAGAAAACUGGGAAAGACGGGCCUAUAUCCCUCUUACAAAGUUCGAGAGAAGAUAGAAACAGUCAAGUACCCCACAUAUCCUGAAGCUGAGAAAUAAAGGUCACCUGGAAGAAAUGAACAGCCAAAC